GAAAGAAAACAAAGAUCUAACAAUAACAAAACCAAAAGGAAGGAGAGAGAAAGAGAAGGAACCUCAUAGAAGCUCUUUUGUGUCUUCUUCUACCACUUUCCCCUUUCUCUAAUGUUACCGAAACCCUAGUUAUCUUCGUCUCACUUUCCCUUUCUCAGCUUCAAUUUCUCUCCAAUUUUCUUGAACUUUCUGUAAUCUCCUGAAUGCACAUAUAGAUAUAGUAGCAAGGUUCGAUAAAUACUUCAUAGAAAUGUAUAGAGAUCGAGGAGGUGGUGGUGGUUCAUCGAAGUCGGAGAUGGUUGGUGGACCGCUGGAUCGGAAACGAAUCAACGAUGCGUUGGAUAAACACUUAGAGAAGUUGUCACCGUCUACAUCCAGGCCUUUGAAGGACAAAGCUGUUCCCUCUACGUCUACCGGUGGUGGUGGUGCUGGAAAAUCGCAUUUCGAUCAUCGCAAUACCAACAAAAACAAGUGCUCCGAUGAGGAAUCUGAAACGGACAGUGAAGAGUCUGAUGUUAGUGGUUCUGAUGGGGAUGAUACUUCAUGGAUUUCUUGGUUUUGUAACCUGCGUGGUAAUGAGUUCUUCUGUGAAGUUGAUGAUGAUUACAUUCAAGAUGAUUUUAACCUAUGUGGAUUGAGCAGUCAAGUUCCCUACUACGACUAUGCACUUGACCUCAUCCUUGAUGUUGAAUCCUCCCAUGGUGAUAUGUUCACAGAGGAGCAGAAUGAAUUGGUUGAAUCGGCAGCAGAGAUGUUGUAUGGUUUGAUUCACGUUCGGUACAUUUUGACUAGCAAGGGAAUUGCUGCUAUGUUGGAGAAGUACAAAAACUACGACUUUGGAAGAUGCCCACGAGUUUACUGCAGUGGACAGCCUUGUCUCCCCGUUGGUCAAUCAGAUAUUCCGCGUGCAAGUACUGUAAAAAUAUACUGUCCGAAGUGUGAAGACAUCUAUUACCCUCGAUCAAAGUACCAAGGCAAUAUUGAUGGAGCUUACUUUGGGACAACAUUUCCUCAUCUCUUCUUGAUGACUUACGGGCACCUCAAGCCGCAAAAACCAACGCAAAACUUUAUCCCCAGGGUGUUCGGUUUCAAGAUCCACAAGACUUGACAGUAAAGUCCGUUAUGAUGUUGUGAACAGAUCAAAUUUUCUGCCAGUAAUGAUUCUUGCCAGGUAGCUUUGAUGUACAAUUCGUCAUGGUAGAGACAGGUGAAGCAGAGGAGUUGGCGAUAAUUAUGAAACAUUGUUCUUCAUUGAUGAAAGGCAACUUGGCCAAUCUGUCAGGUGAAAUUUGUACCCGAAAUAUCGCCAUGACAGCAUUUGUAAGCUUGUUUCUUCACACCAGUUGGAGGAUUGAUUUAUAUUUCCCCAUCGACGACCACUUUUCGUGGUCCAUUUUCCGCUCAUCAGGAUUAUAGACUAGGGUACAUCACCCUUCUUUUUAGGACAAUUUCCAAUUGUAAUGAUGUGUGAUGGUAUAUUAAAAUGGUUAUAUCCAAGCUAAAUAUGUUAUUCCAA